AUGCAUUUUCGUCCACUCCUGCUGGCAGGAGGUCAGUCGUCGCGGAUGGGGACAAGAAAGGAACUUCUACGCCUCCCGAGUGGGAAUGUGAUGUUCGUGCAUUUGCUUCAGAUGUUGCACGAGGUCUUUCCCGAACUGAAUGUGUUUUACAUGUCAACCAAGAGCAGAGAUACUCUGAACGAGUUGCUUAGCACGGGUCACAUUGUUAGAAUAGGUGAGAGAGUCGCGAAAUUGGCAGACAAGGGAGCCAUCGAAAUUCAAUUCCUCUUCGAUUCAGACACCCUUUCACCAGCCGUCCAUGGUGGAGGUGAAGACAUCGGCCCUGCUGCUGGGUUGAUUGCAGCACAUUGUGCUGACCCCGCGGCCAGUUGGCUGGUCGUUGCCUGUGACUUUCCUCUGCUUGAGGUGUCCGCCUUGCGUCAGUUGUUGGAGGAGUUUCGUGGGCCGCUUGCUUGCUACCGGAAUUGCAGGGGAUUUGUGGAGCCACUACUGGCAAUAUGGUCCCCUGAGGCACUAGAGCAACUACAAGGCAAUGCGAUGCAGGGCAAGUACGGUCCGCGCUUCGUUACUGAGCAAGUCAAUGCCCAAACGAUUCUACCGGCGCAAAACAGAUGGUUGUUCAACGCGAAUACGACCGAAGAAUGGCGCGAGGCAUUAAGAUUGCUCAUGCCGUCUUCAAGCAAUGGAAAUCCUGAGGAAGAAACAGGUUCGAAGUAA